CUUCAUCUUCUUCACAGUUCCUCAUCAACAACGAGGAACAACAUGGCCUCAUCAAAUGCAGAAAAAACAGAGCUCAAUAGCACUGCGAAUAAUGUGAUGUCGAGGAGGACGAAGCAGGCAGAGAGGGAUUGGGUGGUUUUGUGUUUGAGGGUGCUUGCAGUGUUGGCCACAGCUUCUGCAACGAUUGUGAUGGCACUCAAUAAACAGACCAAAACCUUUGUGGUUGCCACCAUUGGUAACAAUCCCAUCAAAGUUUCUCUAACUGCCAAGUUCCACCAUACUCCUGCUUUUGUGUUCUUUGUGAUAGCUAAUGGAAAUGCUUGUCUGCAUAAUCUGGUGAUGAUGGCAAUGGAUUUAUUUGGACCCCAAUUUGAUUACAAAGGACUCAGACUUGCACUAAUUGCAAUACUUGACAUGAUGGUUAUGGCUCUGGCAGCUGCAGGAGAUGGAGCAGCGACGUUCAUAUCAGAGUUAGGGAAGAAUGGUAACUCUCAUGCAAGAUGGGACAAAAUCUGUGACAAAUUUGAAGCUUAUUGCAACCGCGGAGGCGCCGCCCUUGCCACCUCCUUCGUGGGCAUCAUUCUCCUCCUCCUUCUCACCGGGAAGUCCAUCAUCAAACUGCUCAACCCAAAUCGCAUCAACAAUAUUGUUCCAUGAUUAUUACUAAAAAUUAAGACAUUAUAUUGUUAUGUGCCUUUUAUGUUGAGCUUGUUUAAUGUGUGAUUGGCAAUGCUUGAUCCCUGUAAUUAGUUAUUACACAUGAAGCACAAAAUAAAUGCGUGUGUACAUUGCUAUGGCUCA